UUCGAAUGUAGUAUAAUACUAUGCAUAUCUACCAAACGGUUGUACACAGUGAUUGUAUAAGUUUAAUAUCCUGAAUAUGGAGUUUAGUCACCCUGAUAAGCAAAAGAAACCCCUGCUCAAGCGGGCCAGUUAUCAUCUAUUUGGACUAUCCAAGAGGAUGAUGAAAAGGACAAUCAAUAACAUACAAUCAAUGACCAAUACCGCUGAAGAAGCUCAUUCUGAAUAUGACAACUAUGGGUUUUCGAUGGACGAGAAUCAAUUCGCGUCCGGAAUCGAGAUGUAUGAGAAAGAUUUUGAGACUAAGAAAGAGCGCCGUCUGAAAAGGUGGGAGAACGUGCCUGUAUCUGAGUCAUGGAUGGAUUUUGAUUCGGACGACUUCAAAUUGCUUGUAAGAAAAGGAAUACCUGAUAAUUUGCGGCCACUGAUGUGGAAAAAAUUAUUGGGAGCUGAUGAGCUUAUAGCAAUGAAUGAUGGAAUCUAUCAAAAGAUGGUGGAAAUGCCACCAGCAAAGGAGAUAUCAGACCAAAUAAGUUUGGAUAUAAAUCGUACAUUUCCAACUCACAAGAAUUAUAAGGUUAAUUCGUUUGGAACUGUAAUGUUGCGCAAUGUUUUGAUAGCAUUUGCAAACUACAUUCCCGCGGUCAAUUACUGCCAGAGUCUAAACUAUUUGACAGCAACACUGUUGAUAUUUAUGAACGAAGAGGAGGCCUUUUGGUGCCUCGUACAGAUUAUUAACAGCAAAAUCCCAGGGAGGGGCUUGAAAAUCAUAGGGUAUUAUAAUAAUGGAAUGAUAGAAUUGAAACGGGAUGUUUUAGUUCUAGAAUUCAUUAUCCAAAGUAGGCUCAAAAAACUUUAUAGACACCUAAAGAUGAAUGGAAUCGAUUUAAUGUGGAUAUGCGCUGAAUGGUUCUUGUGUCUGUUCACGAUUUCAUUACCAAUGACAACAGUGGUUAGAAUUUGGGACUCCCUAUUCCUGGAGGGUGACAAGAUUCUCUUUAGAAUAGGAUUCUCUCUUUUCAAACUACAUGAACAAAGAAUAUUGGCUCUAAGUUCGGACAAGGAUUUGCUCAUUUACUGCAAAACCAUGUCAAAAAGUGUCUUACAACACGACGAGUUUCUUAAAAUCGCAUUCUACAAUCUUUCAUCUUUCAGCAGAAAGGAUAUACAACAAUAUAGAGAACAAGCAAUGAGAAUGAUAAAUUAAAAAAUUUUACAAAUUAUGAGCGAUAGAUUAUUUUAACGGGAAUCUUAAAAUCAUCGUGAUAUCUUUGUAUCUCUCUUAAGAAUGCAUACCUAAGUUGUGAUUCUGACAUGCUAAUCCAGUCAUUGAAUGGAAGUCUGAUCUUUUCUGAAUACUCUGAAAUUUCUUUUCCCUUUGUUAUGUUACUAAAAUAUGGAUGCUGAAGGGCUUCCUUCACUGUAAUCCUCUUGCUCGGAUUAAACGUCAACAUUUUAGAGAGCAAAUCUAUUGCUUCGCCAGAUGUACCAUGAAACCUCUCGUACAAAUUCACCGAGGGUCUCUCACCAAAAAGUCGAACAUAUCUUCUAACAUCUGGUUUCUCUAUUGAAUCAACAUCCUCCUCAGAAGGUGUCCCAAUUACGUUAAAGAUAAUGUUCAACUGAUCUGUAUUCCUGGAGUUCUUGUUCCCAGAAUUUUUAUUAUCAGGAGACAAUGGAAAGCAUGAUGUCCCCGGAAAUAGUGGAGAUCUGUCCGAUGGUUCGCUAAUAUUCUGUUUCAUCAUAUUUAAUAAUUCUGCAAAUAUACAACCUAUAGACCAAACAUCAAUCGCAAAUGUAUAAUUCUCCUGUAGCAAAAUAAGUUCAGGAGCCCUGUACCAUCUAGUUACCACAUGACCUGUCAGUUGUCUUGUCAUUUGUGCAUUCAAUCUCAUUCUAUGAAUCUGUGGCAUCUCUUCGUUAUAAAAUUGCCUAAAUGUAUCCGGAACGGAUUGAGAUGUGUAACAAGUGUUCUCUGAUAUUGUUCUAGUAGUAUUACUAAUAAUACUGUUGCUACUAUACAAUGAUCUGCCUGUGUUUGAAAGGUCCUCUGGAUAACCAUCGGAUAGUGUGGUGGUCCUUGCAAGGCCAAAAUCACAAAUCUUUAUACUACAAUCCCUAUUAACCAAACAAUUCGCUGGCUUUAAAUCUCUGUGAUAUAUACCAACAGAAUGAAGAUAAUGUACACCUGAUAACAAGUUGUAAAUCAACAUGCGAAUGUGAUUCUCAUUCAAGAAUGCGGGUGACCUAACUAGUUGUUUUAUAUCCGAUGCUGCG